CCUUUUUUUUUUAUACCUGUUUAUCUAAGACAUCAAUUAAUUUGUGCUUUUGCAUUCCAGUAUUCCUCACUGCGAUAUAUAUCACCAAAAAAAAAAGCUCAAAUCUCAAACCAAGCCCCUUAAACAGACUGUCCAGUAACUGGGGAAAACCGCUGGCCUGAAAUAUUCCACACAGUCCACACGAGUAUAACGAUAUAUUAAGAAAUGCUUGUUAUAUAAAAAAUAGUGUUAUGAAGAAAAACGUUUUCUUUCGUAUCCUCAGCCCACGUAUUAGUUAAUUACUAAUCUUUUGAGUGGAUCCCUGUUACCCAUUUAGUGGUAGUUGCAAAGUUGGGAACAAAGCCGUUAACGAAAAGAGUUGCAGACACCUACAUUUUUGCCUCCUGCCUUCCUCCCACAUCGUUGCUGAUGUUCUCUAUUCAAGUACCUAUUUGCAAAUCACCUUUUAACAAUUGACUGUUUACAGCUGUCGGCGAGUGGUAGAAGUCAUAAAUCUUAUCCACAGGGGUGUCCGGAAUGAUAAAAAUACGAAGAGAGAGAGAGAGAGAGAGAGAGAGAGAGAGAGAGAGAGAGAGAGAGAGAGAGAGAGAGAGAGAUUUAAAAGCAUCAUGUUUUGUUUCCAUUUUGCUCUCCGACUUUUCGCCAUCAUUUUUUUUUUUUUUUUUUUUGCAUAUUUCCUUCUAUUGGUUUACUAAAAGAAUCUUCCAAGUUCCACUUAGGGUGUAUAAAAUGAGUCAAACAGGACUAGUGCAUUUUUAACGUGUGUUCCUUAGCCGAGUUACAAUUGUGUGAUCAGGACUCGAUGGUGCGGUUAAAUACGUAAAAAAAAAUCAUCUACCAUCUAUUUGGAUGCAUUGUUUUCAUACUCCUCCCUCGCUUACAAGUCCGCCUGCUGUCUGUUCUCUUGUUCUCCGACCCCCUCCCAACAUGUUAUUAUAUUUUGCGCAUAAGUUGUACAAGUUGGUUGUGUGGGAAAAUAUAUGAUACAACGCAGUCAGAAUUCGGACUCUGUCCAAAUCUUUGUCCAAAAGAAGACCAGCCCCGCAAAAGCUCGGUCUUGUCAUUUGUUAUGCAACGAUGGAUUAAGUAAGGGAAACAAAUGACUUUUUCUCAUGUCCUUUUUUGAGAUUACCUAACUACACAUGAGCAUAGCCUACCACCUCAACUAGUGAGGAGUGGAAUGAAAAGAGGUGGAUUUCCGCUUGUAGGUCCUCCUGUCCUACUCGCCUGCAAUUAGCAUAAUUUUUCACUGGUGACGCUGUUUGAUGGGGAUUAACGCUCGCGCCUGACACAUUCAAAGCCACCCCCGUUAUUUCCAAACAGCCGGAGAGGCCUGUGAUGACAAUACAAUAACCCACCAAAUGGGGAGUAAAGGGCGAAAAUAACACGCACAAAUGCCAGCACCCGAAAGUCAACGGGGAAAUGUGGCGGCGGGGAGUCGAGAGCCCCGUUCGGAUUAUGAUGUUCGGGUUUGUACGGUGAGUGAGAGGAGAGAGGGUAAAGGAAGCGAAAUCUGAGGCCAUUGUUAUCAGCGAGCAGGGCGUACCAGUCGACAGGGCGGCCAGGAGCAGCGCUGCCUGUCCAUUUGCCGUUCUCCUCGCAUACCUCAGAUCUUUCAUGCUUAAACCGUCUUCCCUCUUAAGCCAGUCGAGGGGAUCAAACCAGGAGCGCCCGCACUGUGGCGCGGGCCAGCCGUGCUCGCCAUACCCGCCGUAUGACAUUCGCUUACUGGCUGAAAUAUCGAAACGAGGACGAGCUUUCGGCUUUUUGUUUCUUUGAUUGCAGACUGACCGAAUGUGAAAAAAACAUGGUGCCUGCUCGAACGUCUAUCGUCAGAGGCUAAGGUCAGCUUCCAAGAGACCGUUGGAAAAAGACCGUCACGUGACAUCGGGUGCCAAUGUUCUUCCAGAAGGUCGUCAGGACCCUGGUAGCCGGUAACGCGAAUUUUGGAAAUGCAGAAAACCACCUACUACGACAACUCGACACUAUUCGGAGGUUAUUCGUAUCAGGGGGCCAAUGGCUUCAGUUAUGAGGCCCAGCCUGCGGCUUUCCCGAGCUCGGCACACCUAGAUGGCGAUUACCAGAGGUCUGCCUGCUCACUGCAGUCGCUGGGCACCAGUGCGCCCACGCAAUCACAGCACGCCAAGACGAAAGAGCUCAAUGGCAGCUGUAUGCGUCCCAGUCUACCAUCUGAACACCACCAGCCUCCCCAAGUUUCUCCUCCUCAAAAUCCUGUGAACCCAACUGGAUCUAGUGCCCCUCAGCAGCCGGGUGGUAGCGGCAGUGGUGGGGCUGGUGGCGGAAGUACCACCAAAUCCUCCACCAAGUCGUCCACACUCACCCAGAACCCCACCAUCACCAAGCAGAUCUUCCCCUGGAUGAAAGAAUCACGUCAGAACACCAAGCAAAAAAACAGCUCCCCCAGCGCAAGCUCAGCUAAUGCGGAGAGCAGUGGCGGCGAGAAAAGCCCUCCGGGUUCCGCGGCUUCCAAGAGAGCGCGCACAGCCUACACGAGCGCACAGCUUGUGGAACUUGAGAAGGAGUUCCAUUUCAAUCGGUACCUGUGUCGGCCUCGACGCGUAGAGAUGGCCAAUCUUCUCAACCUUAGUGAAAGGCAGAUCAAGAUCUGGUUCCAAAACCGCCGCAUGAAGUACAAGAAGGAUCAAAAGUCGAAAGGCAUGGGCUCCUCCUCAGGGGGCCCAUCCCCAACCGGAAGCCCACCCCUUCCAAUGCAGUCCUCAGCCGGUUUUAUGAACUCCAUGCACUCAAUGGGCAGCUAUGACGCGCCGUCGCCGCCAUCUUUCAACAAGCCUCAUCAAAAUGCAUAUGCCAUGUCAUCAUCCUAUCAAAAUUCCAUGAAAGGUUGUCCCUCGCAACAGAAAUAUGGUAACACAGGACCAGAAUAUGACCCACAUGGGCUACAGGGUAGCAGUGGCAACUAUGGGACCCCUAACAUGCAGGGUAGCCCCGUGUACGUAGGAGGGAACUAUGUGGAUGCCAUGCCGGCCACUGGGCCUUCUAUGUACAGCCUCAACCACCUGCCACACCACCAAUCUGCCAGCAUGGACUACAACGGUGCCACACAGAUGUCGGCUAACCAGCACCACGGACCGUGCGAUACACACCCGACAUACACAGAUCUGUCAGCGCACCAUCCUUCUCAGGGUAGAAUUCAAGAAGCACCCAAGUUGACGCAUCUGUAACAGGUUUGGGAAAAGCAAAACAGAUAUUAAAAUAAAAGAAGAAAACAAACUAACAAACAAGCAAACACGAACACAGGGGACGAUGCAAUGGGGUUGAAAAAGAUGAUCCAGUGGUUUCUUGCCGUUUCAAUCACAGCAGUUGGUGUUGAUGUUGUCCUUUCAUUCGCCUGUGAGCACAUUCAUUUGUUCAAAAGACAUCUUACAAUCAGUUUUGUAUGCAUAGCUCUGACAGCCCUACUAAAAACAAAGAUUAUGAAUAGUGGGUAAGUGUGGAUAGUGUAUGCCAAUUAAUAGAUUAUUUUUCUGUAUGACCUUGUGUGACUCCCUUUUACGCCAUCGUUGGCAUGCGUGUAUUUUGUCAGCCUAUUGCCGGGUUCUUUACUGUAAAAACUGCUUGAGGGUGGAAGCAAACUCUUGAAACCGGCGUUAGGAAACCACUGGAUUGUUUUUGUUCACUUCCCUUUUUCCACAUACCUCUUUUUGUUUAACAGAUUCGCUAAACUGUCAUUUUCCCCUAAUUAAUCUGCCCAAAACUCAUGAACACAAAAAGCGUGUACGUUAUUACGUAUAAUAAAGACUUCAAUCUACACUUUUUUUUUCAUAUUGAUAAGAUAAAUAUUGUUUUCGCACUAUGCUGCAUAGGGCCUCCUCCAGUAAACCGACUAUAAUUGGGUAAUACCUUUCAAAUUGAUACAGGGUAAAGAGAGACCAUUAGAGAAUUUAGUCACUACAUAGUCGCCCCUACCUUUCUCAAAUGGUUAUGCCCCUCCCUCGUCCUCGUCCCUUCCUUGUCCCCCCCCCCCUCAGUGCACUCUCUCUCUCUCUCUCUCUCUCUCUCUCUCUCUCUCUCUCUCUCUCUCCCCAUUGAGUUUGCUUAUAUUAGCCUUCACUAAUGAGGAAGGCAGACAUUUUCUCAUGUAUUGACUUAACGUGGAAACAGGGUAUAAAUGAACAAAAUGCAUGCCCGAGAUGCCAAGCAAUGGUGUAGACGUUUCGGUUUACGCCUAAUGCUUUCUCGGCUGGGCAUCAUUGUUGCACUUAGAGUUUACAUUUUGAUGGGUAAGGAAAAAGUAAAUCUUAUUUUGAAGCGAAAGACCUUCAAUCAGCGUCUUUCGGUAUGUGUUCAAACGAACAUUCAUAAAUAUAUAUUUAUUUGUUAUAGCCAGUUUAAAUACUUUUUUUUAAUUAUUUAUCCCUCAUGUAUUUAUAUCGAGAAAGUGUACUUUUUUAGUAUUUACCUGUUAUAAGGAAAAGACAUUGUGUUCUUGUCAUUGUAACUAAUUUUGGUUAUUGUAUUUUUAGAGACACCUAGGUUUACGUUACCCUUGUACAUAAACGACUUGACUUGUACAGGGUGCGAGGCAAGGGAAUCAAACCGUUCCAGCAUAGUCGGAAAUUAGACAGUAUAGCGAAACUUUUUUUUUCCUUUUUUUAAGAAGAAAUCUUCAUUUGUUCUUUGUAGUUAAAUUGAUUUUCUUGUUAAGAGUUGGCUGUUGAACAAUUCUUUAAUAAAAUAUUAUGUUAAUCAUU